UAGCCAAGAAAUAGUUCAGUAUGUCUCUUGAUCUUGGCGAUCUUGUGUGAGAUUAAAGGCACACACAGGAAAAAAAAUGGUGAAAAUGAAAGGAAUAUGUAUUCUUUUAUUUUUCAUAGCUAUGCUCGUUUUGGUGUCCAGUGCUCCAACCGAAUCAAACCAAACGCCAGUCUCGAAAGCGAUCGCCCUCAUCCACCACCUAUCGUACCUGAUCGACUACCUGGUGCAGUUCGUCCUGGGAAGCGGGAAUGACCGCAAAACACCACCGGAAGCGGCCGACUACUAUCAGACCGCACUGGUAGAGGGCAAAAAUCCAGCGAGCAAAGAUGAGGCCGGCCUAAAGCCGGAUAAUGCACGCGCUCGGCAGGAAACGGAAAUUAUACACAAAAUGAUGAAGGUUUAAGUGUGUGCCAUGCUCACACUCAGUGCUGUAAAGACUACCGCGCAUUCAUUGAACUCUAAAACAGGG